UGUGGCAUCAGACAGCGGCGCACUUAGUCGUCUACUUCUAGUCGCUCUGCGGAAGAGCAUUUUUCUCAAAAUGUCCUUGCUUGUUCGAAGCUGGUUACUCCUCAUAGUUUUAGGACUCUUUGUCGAAAGCAUCCAGUCAGAAUGUCCUCCAGAAUGUCCUCCAUGCGACGAGGAACCAUCAGCUUCAGAAUGCACAGCAGGUAUUACAGUAGAUGCCUGUGGAUGCUGUAAUAUCUGUGCCAGGGAUGUUGGAGAACCAUGUGGAGGGCAAGGAAAUGCCUUGGGUUCAUGUGCAUCAGGCCUCGUCUGCAAAACCGUAUCUCCACGUCAACCAGCAAGAUGCUUCCAAACCCACGAUGAAGAAUCCCAUCAAGAAACUGCCAAAAAGAGCGAAGAUAACAGUACGCAAGAAACAAUUCAGAAUGAAACUCUGUUUGUGAAAUCAACACACAUCGUUCAUUGCAACGAAGAGCCCCAUAAUGAGGAAAAUAGUCACCAAGAAGGAUCCCAUGUUGUUCAUGUUCACGAAGAAGACGUCCUUAAUCACAAUCAGGAUAACCAUACACAUGGAGACAUAAAUCAUGGUCAUGAUCUCAAACGCGAAACUCACAAUCAUGCAGGUCGCAUUCGUUUUCAUGAAAGUCAAGAUCAGGAUCAUGUAGAUCAUAUUCAUGAUCAUGUAAGCCAUGUUCCAGUCGACUCACAAAAUCAUUCACUACAGUCAGAGAUAUCAACUAAACAUUUAGAUAUUGAACUUAGGCUGGACCAUGUAAACCACAGCGAUGCUCACUCUAAUCAUACCGAUCACGAUCACCCAGGCCAUGAAACGAUUCAGGCACAUGCCAUCCAUGAUCAUUCACACAGUGAAGGGAACCACACCAAAGAACAUUCUGAAAUGGAACAGAAAAAGCAUCAAGAGCAUAAUCCCGAUCAUCUUCAAUCAAACCAUACUCAUCCUUCCCACCAGGAAGGUGUUCACCCUGAACAAAAUCAUGAUGAUCUGCUCCACAAACAUGAUCAUUCAGGACCGAGUCAAGGUAGCUUCCAUCUGAGUCCCAUUCCUUCAGGCACAAAAACUAAACCGGAUCAUAUACACCUGAGGCAGAAUAGCUCAGAUGAACAUGGCAAAACAGAGGAAAGUACUAAAGUUCAUUCUCCCCAGAGUCCUGACGCUCACAAUCUUUCAAGCAAAGCUAGUGACCAACAUCACAGUCAUGAUGAAAAUGGUACAACCCAUGGCCAUGAAUUGCCAGUGGAAGGUCCUUCAAUUCACUCAGCAGAGAAAGUUGAUGAAAGUCCUGGAAGCGACAGGCCUGAGCAUACAGGCCAGGGAAGCAAUGAACAUUCUACCCAAACUGAAGAUGUUCAACAUAUCUCUGUGCAUGAGGAUCACAUUCAUGAUAUAGCAAACAACAAAGAUGACCAUAACUCUAAUCAUCCCAACACAACUGGAAAAGCACAAGAACAUCUUGAAUUCACCAGUGAUGUCCACAAAAAUGGAGAUAAUGCAAGUGACAAAGAUCAUCAGCAAAGCAAUGAUGACUCUCGCACAAUAAGGAAAGCUCAUAAUCACGAAGAUCACAAGCAUGAAAAUAAUAGUCAUGGAGAUGACAGACAAAGCCCUGAUCAUUUAAGCUCAGAUGAAGGUCAUAAGCAAAAUGGUGCAGUUCAACAGCCUCAUGAAGCAAGCAGUGACCAUUUUACUUUGAAUGAAGGGCACAAACUUCAUGAAGACCACAAUCAAGAAAAGGAUGGUCUAAAGAUUGAAGACACUGACACUUUGCAUGAACAUUCCCUUGAUAGUGAGGCAAAAACAAGUCAUUUAAUUUCUGAGAAUUCAGAGAACAGGGAUGACAACCAUGGAAGCAACCAUACUCGUCCAACGCGAGAAGCUCAUAAACAUUCUAAUGAUAAUGAUGCUAACCAAGAGCAUGAAGAUUUCCUCUUUGAUACUGCCCAGCACAGGAACGAUAACAGAGGAAGUGAUCAUUCUCGUCCAACACGAGAAGCUCAUAAACAUUCUAAUGAUAAUGACGCUAACCAAGAGCAUGAAGAUUUCCUCUUUGAUACUGCCCAGCACAGGAACGAUAACAGAGGAAGUGAUCAUUCUCGUCCAACACGAGAGGCUCAUAAACAUUCCAACGAUAAUGAUGCUAACCAAGAACAUGAAGAUUUCCUCUUUGAUACUGCCCAGCACAGGAACGAUAACAGAGGAAGUGAUCAUUCUCGUCCCACGAGAGAAGCCCAUAAUCAUAGCCAUGAUAGUAAUACUCACGAUCAUUGCUCUGAUCACAGCCACGAUCACAGCCAUGAUCACAGCCAUGAUCACAGUCAUGAUCCCAGCCACGAUCAUUGCGACAGUGCAUUGUCAGUCACAGAGACCACGCAAUAAGUGAUUGUAAUAAAACAUGGCUGUAUAUGGUUCUGACCCACAGACAUAUAAUCCCCAAUGAACUGUACUAAACGUUCAUAAAUCAUUUGCCAUCCUAGUCAGUCCCAGCAAUUUAGUGUUAUACACUUCUUUCAACAAAUCCCCUCCCAAGACAUUUUACUCUGACAGAAAGACCGUGAUGGACAUGUGGCAAUAGCAAUGGUAUAAUGGAUGUGGUACUGACCCCCUUGCCACCUUACUGGCAGUUUUAUGGUUAUCAUCAUAGAACGAAAAUUAAAGUGUUCUUUGUUCAAUUACUUAGAAGUUCAAAAGUCCCAAUUUAUUUUGUUUUCAUUUAAUCAUUUUCUUUUUUUUAUAAAGAGGCUUCAGGUGAACAUAGAAAAACUCUUUCAAAGCAUUCUCUGAGAAAACAAAUCACUUGAUGGAUGUUUACAAAAAACCAAGCAAAUAUAUCAUCAAAACUUACAAACAAUGGCACCAGUAUUGUCCAUGCUGUCCAUUUACUUUUUGCUGAUAUUUGUUACCAUGACUGUACAGCGGUUUUUCGCCCAAAAUAAUGAAUCAUAGGAAAUGAACUCUGAAGUACUGUGUGUCUUUUGCUAUGUUUUAAAAAGUCACAUUGCAUAUAUGUAAGAUGCUUUUAAGUUAUUCCAUAGUAACUGGACCUUAAAAUCCACAAUUAUGUUCAGAUAUGUAAAUGUUUUACAAUAUCAGUUUUUUGUAUACCUUGUUUGAGUUUUGUCAUUGAUGAAGUAUUCUUGAAGGCAAAUGCUUUACAAUUUAAUUCUUAUUAUAAGAAUCACAAGCCAACCAAAAAUAUCCACCUUCAUUAUUAGAGUAGAUAUACAUUCCUAAUUUAUAAAGAUUUUCUAUAUGCGCUUUCAAAACUCCAUUUGAUUUUGGUGACUUAAUUUGUUAUGCCAUUAAGCUCCAUUUGAUUUUGGUGAUUUCUUUUGUUAUAUCAAUAAAAU